UGCGGGUUUGUGGUCAUGUGAAUCAAGGGCAGGAAACAAUUGAUACCUGAAGUGUGUUGGAUUAAAAACCCCAAACGAUCAACUUUAGGGCUCUCUAUCCUCUACUGCUUUGAAGUUUGAGAGUACACAGUUAUUAAACAUUAUUGCAAUGGCGGAGGAAGAAUCACAGAACGGAGAAAUUAUUGAGAGGCCAAUCGAUGGGAGCAAAAAGCAUCCCUUAGAGCGACCAUGGACAUUUUGGUUCGACAAUCCCUCUGCAAAAUCCAAAUCGGCAGCCUGGGGCAGCUCCCUUCGCUCUAUUUACACAUUCAGUACUAUCGAGGACUUUUGGUGUUUAUACAACGGUUUGUUUUUGCCGAGCAAACUCCCACCUGGGACUGAUUUUCAUUGCUUCAAGGAGGGGGUGGAGCCCAAAUGGGAGGACGUUCAAUGUGCCCACGGAGGAAAAUGGACUGUCAACAAUACCCGGGGCGGCAAGGAUGAACUCGAUAAAAUCUGGCUUAACACGUUGUUAGCCAUGAUUGGCGAGCAAUUUGAUGAGGGUGAUGAGAUUUGUGGGGUGGUGGCAAGUGUACGGGCCAGAUCAGAAAAGAUUGCCUUGUGGACCAGGACUGCUGCUAAUGAAGCUGCCCAGAUGAGUGUUGCUAAACAGUGGAAAGAGUUCAUUGACUACAAUGACAAGAUUGGCUACAUAUUCCAUGACGACGCAAAGAAGGAUAAAUCUGUUAAAAACAGAUACACAUUAUAAAGAGGAUAAUCUCAAGUCUGUAUUUUGUUUGUCUUCCGAAUUGUAUGAAAAGAAAUUUGCAACCUGCAGUAUCUUCCAACAAUUUCGAGUUGUAUUUUGAUAGACGAAGACAAAAGCAGUAUAAUGUGGUAGUUGUAUUCACCAUGUGAUUUAAAAAAAAUAUAAUUCAUUUGACAGAGCUGCAGUUUGUUUAGUUUCGCAUUAAGUAAUUUACAGUUUUGAUUUAUUAUUUUAAAUAUUUUGAAUCCAUAUCGAGAACAUAUGUAUACGAGAACUGCUACAAAACAUUUACUUGGAGUUUAGAACUAUGGAAAGUUUAUGGGGACUUGGCAAGAUUAGAAAUGCACACUUCUUUAGAGAGGCUUUGUCAUA